AUGUAAGAAAUAAAAAUAAAAGGAUAUAUUGGUGGCGGAUUUUAUUAUGAAGGAAUUAAGAUUGGCACGUGGAUUGAAUUGGAUGAUGGAUCUUAUCUUGGUAAAUAACUCAUCUGCAGUGGUAAAUAUAACAAUGGUAAAAAGGUUCCUAAUUGGUGUAAAAAUAUGAUGGAAAUUUGUUGAAAAAAAAAGAAAUAUUUAGUGAAAUAGAGGUGGUGAGGGAUCUUAUUAUGAUGGAGUAGAGGUUGGAAAGUAGAUAGAGUUAUAUGAUGGACUUUCUACUUAACAAUAAGUAACCUAUAGAGGGGAAUAUAAAAAUGGUAAAAAGGUUUGUUAAUGGGAUAUUUAAGGAAAUACAAUUGUUAUAAGACAUAUAGAACCUUAUAAUGUUGGUGGAUCAUAUGAUGAAGGAAUUGAGAUUGCCAAAUGAAUUGAGUUGGAUGAUGAUUUUAUUUGAAAAAUUAGUUACGCAUAGUGGUGAAUAUUAAAAUGGAAAAAAGUAGGUUGGUGGGAUAUUAAGUUUUGUGAUUCAUUUGGAUAUAAAUUAAAAAUGA